AUUUAUUUUUAUUUAUAUAUAAAAGGGAGGAAGGUAAGAAAGUGCAUAAAGCCAAGAAUCUGUGUCUUCCCGUUCAUGCCAGUUUGAACAAUACCUUCUCUCGAUUGGGACUCCCAAAACUCCACAUACACUAUCUCACAGAUCAUCUCUUCCCCCGACCCGACCCCAUGACCAACUACCGCUGUUCUUCUUCCCGAAUCCGCGCGACCCAGAGCUUAACCCGCUGAUUUCCGGUUCCCAAUCGGUCCACGCUCGAAUCUGUUCGUACGUCUCAUUGUAUAGCUCGUUAAUUGCGGGUUUCCUGCGAGUAUAAUGCAGAUGAACGGGUAGGGGUGGACGUAAAUCCCAUGUCUCAUGCGCCGUCGCUCUUACAUGCACCGCCGCCUGAGUAGCCCGACGUUGUCUUCUGAGAGGUUUCCGGAAUAGAGGCGAGAGCGUGCUGGCAGAGAGGCAAUACCGGGAGGAGCUGGGAGAUAUGCCGAAUCUAGUGGUGAAGGUGAGGAGGGAGGCAAUUGCGGCAUGCAUGACAUGCCCUCUUUGCAAUAAGCUCUUCAGAGAUGCCACUACUAUUUCCGAAUGCCUUCAUACGUUUUGCAGGAAAUGCAUUUACAAGAAGCUUCAGGAUGAGGAGACUGAAUGUUGCCCAAUAUGUAACAUUGAUUUAGGAUGUGUCCCAGUCGAGAAACUGAGAGCGGAUCAUAAUUUGCAAGAUGUGAGAGCAAAGAUCUUCCCUUACAAGAGGCAAAAAGUGAACAAGACACCUGAAAUUGAAAUUGUUGUACCAUCAGUUACAACAAUGCCAACAGCGAGGAGAAAGGAGAGAUCACUUUCUUCAUUAGUGGUGAGCACACCUAGAGUUUCUUCUACUAAAACUGGGGGGAUGACAGGAAGAAGGUCGAAAUCCGUAGCACGAAAACCAAUGCGAGGUGGUUCCAGUUUUUACAUUGAGAAGCCUACGAAGAAUGAGGAAAAUUCAACAGAAGAUUGGCUUGCUGAGAGCUCUAAGAGCUCACCGGAGACUCUGAACAAGUUCACCAAUAAUAUAAGACUGAAUAAUUCUUCUUCUCAUGCUGAACCAUCAGACCAACCAAAGGCUGAUAGAGGAACACAGUAUGCAGGGAAAGAAGAUUUGUGGAAACCUCUAUCUUGCCUGGUUGAAGCUGCAAACAGUACCAAGCCUUCGAGGUCUACUUCUUCUCAAGGUUAUGUCAAUGGAGAACCUGUGGUUCUUGCUGACAAUGAGGGUCAAACCCGAAAAAUCAAAGAUAAUGGAUACAAAUUAAAUGCUGAAGAAAACAACACUUACGGCAAUCAUGCUCAGCCAGAAUCAGAAAAACCGAAAAAGGCGCGAAGAGUUCGAAAGAAAGAUUUAAAUUUUGGAGACUUUGGUGUUUCACCACAAGCUGUAGUUGAUGCAACAACUGCAUUAUAUGAAAGAAGCGCUAAACCAAUCUGGUUUUCGCUAGUGGCUUCUGCAACCCAGGAAGGAGAAACACCCUUGCCCCAGAUUUCUGCUUGCUACUUGAGAAUAAAGGAUGGGAACAUUCCAGUCUCUUAUAUCCAAAAGUAUUUGAUGAGGAAGUUAAAUCUGAAGAGUGAGGAUGAGGUUGAAAUUAGAUGUAUGGGACAAUCAAUAGCCCCAACAUUACAGCUCAAUAACUUGGUUGAUUUGUGGCUUCAAAUGGCCAAUCCUGAAAAAGUAUCAACCACAAUCGGCUCAUCCGCUAAGGAUUUCGUGAUGGUUUUAGCAUAUUGUCGUCGUCCAGUUCAACCCCUGUUUUAAAUACUGCUCAUUCUAAAGUUUGUUGCAGUUCUAUGUACGAGUAUCAUUAUAUUAUUAUAUAUCAUGAUUCUACUCAAUAAUGUUAGCCAUUGGGAAAUACAUUUAUUAUUAUCAUCAUCUUCUUAUAUGCAUUCUCAUUCCAGAUUACAACUUAGAACUGAAAUGAAUCAAGUAGCUUGCAGAUCAAAAUGACACGCUUCUAUUCAAAACCACAUUCUUGUGGGUGUAUAUAUCUUCACAACAGUUCACACAUACAAAAAAGGAGUGCUUACAUUUACAGAUUCGUUACUCCAACCAUUGGAGAUCCAUUUUUGGGAUACACACGAAGAACAUCACUGGAACGCCCCCCACCAGGAAAUGAGAGCAAUCCGCUCUCCGCUGCUUCAUCUUCGUCGAGAAACAGAUCAUCAUUGACUCUGAAAGCCGCGUGCAACGCAACAACGGCCGCCCCAAUUAGAAGAGACAGAAGAACAUUCAGCCAAACGUGAGUCAGAACCAAGCAGACCACCGUCACAACGCCCAAAGCACCCAGUACGACCCUGUCGUCAACCGUGCGGUGGAAGAUGACCAGUGGCGCAUCAUGGAAGAAGUAGAGUAAAAACCAAGCGACGAAGACGAGUAAGAAGACUAUCAUAGACAUUGGGCGCCAUAGGAGGCUGAGGAAGAGUAUCAGGAGCAUUACGAGGGCGUAGUUCACGCGAAAGUAGUUGAGUUUCCGACAGAGCCGAGAAGCUAGAUCGGCGAGAGAAGACGGAAGGGAAUACGACGAUCGGUGGGCGAAGAACUCGCGCCAUGGCCGUAGCGGUGCGAAGGACGUAAAGUCGGCGCGGCCAGGGAUGUCGGCCGCCGCUGACCUCGACAUGAAAGCUUCGUAAUUAUAAGUACUACGCAUUUUAUUGUAGUUUCACACUAGAUUGGGAGGAAGAAGGAACGCAGACGUGAAACCCUAGGCCCGGCGGAGACUCGAAAGAGAACCGAAAGCAAGCCCCCACUUUAAUCAACUUGAAUUCUUCAAAGUUAAAAACGACACCUGCGUUAGUGAAAAAGAUUUUCUCUAUGCGGCAAAGACUGAAAAUGAUCUUUU